AUGGAUAAUAACACUUCUAACCCUAAGACACUUCGAAAGCGAAACAGUAGAAUGAGAGAGUCAAAUGAACAACGUCAAAUACGUCUAGCAUAUAUUGAGCGAAAUCACAGAAGUUCAACCAUACAAACCAGAUUAAACCAGGCCAUCUCAAUUAAUGAAAUAGAGCAAUGGCAACAUCAAGAUAUUCGUAGCCCAGCCACUUCAAUUAGAGAAAAAGAACAUUGUCAACAUAAUUCGAAUAAUGCAACUUCCAUCGAGUGUAAACAACAUCAAUGGCAAGAUUCCUAUAAUUCUGCCACAGCCAUUAAUGUGAAUGAACAAUCUCAAUCACAAGAGUUUU